CCGUUUAGAUCGAUUCCUCCCAAUUGCAACAAUACUGCCAUCAGACCAAAAGCGACCAACAUGAUUCUGAACCCAUUUAAGAAGCACGAUGUCUCCGAGUUCCCGGGCGUUCUCGUUCCGCUGGAGCAAGCGGAGCAUCGCAACUCAAUAGUAUCGCAGCGGCGCAUGUCGCAGGUCGAUUCACCAGACCACGUAGCUGCAGAGAAAGACUCACAAAAGGAUAAGACGGCUGAACCGGGACGCAGCAGCAGCGUAGCCAGUGUCAACCAUGGCACCGCCAAACCUGGCGCUACUAUUGGCCUCACUCUUCAAGAUCUGAGGGCAGAGGUAGAGCAGGACGUUGCUGCUAACGACACCCAUUCCGCAUACGAUAUGAAAUCCAAGGUUAUCAACCGAGCCCUUUCCGACAUUGGUAUGGGCAGAUAUCAGUGGGAGCUCUUCGUCCUUUGCGGAUGUGGAUGGUUGGCCGACAAUCUCUGGUUGCAAGGUAUUGCACUCACGCUGCCGUCAUUAUCUGCAGAAUUCGGCGUCAGCGAGACUGAAGUUCGCUACACUACCCUCGCCCUAUUCCUCGGUCUCUGCAUAGGCGCAAGUUUCUGGGGCGUUGCUUCCGAUAUUGUCGGCCGCCGACUGGCUUUCAACUUUACUCUUUGCUUCGCCGGUGUCUUUGGUAUUGCUGCUGGUUUUGGUCCCAAUUGGAUCGGAACCGCAGCUCUUUACGCCUGUCUAGGAUUAGGAGUUGGAGGCAACCUUCCCGUAGAUGGAGCGCUAUUUUUAGAAUUCCUGCCAGGGGCAAAUGGCAAUCUGUUGACGCUGUUGUCGGUGUUUUGGCCUGUUGGUCAACUGGUUUCGUCUCUGCUGGCAUGGGCGUUCAUCCCCAACUUCUCGUGCGCAGCCGGUGCUGAAGUCUGUGCCCGCGCCGACAACUGGGGAUGGCGAUACUUCAUCAUUACGCUGGGCUGUUUGUCGAUGGCCAUGUUCAUCUGCCGAUUCUUCCUCUUCCACUUGUUCGAGUCGCCCAAAUUCCUCCUCUCACGCGGCCGUCAAGCCGAAGCCGUAGCCGUCAUUCACGGCAUUGCCUACAAGAACAAAUGCAAGACCUGGAUCACCGAAGACAUCCUUAACCAAAUCGGUGGCGACCCAGAGGUCCACAACGACGUCAAACUCAGCACCAUUGAUAUCGUCAAGCGCUCCAUGGGCAAAUUCUCAACCCAGCGUAUCGGCCCUCUUUUCAGCACCCGCACCCUCGGUCUUACCACCUGCCUCCUCUGGUUUCAAUGGACCACCAUUGGUAUGGGUUACCCGCUCUUCAACGCUUUCCUCCCGCAAUACCUCGCCAACUCUGGAGGAGGCCAGGCCCAAUCCGUCGGCACAGUCUACCGUAACUACGCCAUCACCUCCAUUGUCGGCGUUCCAGGCUCUUUCCUCGCAUACUACACCGUCAACAUCAAGCACAUAGGCCGCAAACGCACCAUGUCCGUCGCAGCCAUCAUCACCGGCGUCUUCAUCUUCCUCUUCACCAUCUCCAGCGACGAAGACUUCCAGCUCGCCUUCAGCUGUCUCGAGGCUUUCUUCCAGAACAUCAUGUAUGGCGUUCUCUACGCAUACACACCUGAAGUCUUCCCCGCGCCGUACCGCGGUACCGGUACCGGUAUUUCAAGCUGCUUGAACCGCAUUGCGGGCCUUUGUGCGCCAAUUGUCGCGGUUAAUGCGGCGACUGCGAACCCGAAGAGUCCGAUUUAUGCUUCUGCUGCAUUGAUUCUUGUUGCUGGGUUGAGCAUGUUUGCGCUACCUAUUGAGACUAUGGGACGGCAGACUUUGUAG